CUGCUAAGAUACCCACAAAAUCACUUGCUGUUCAUAAUUGGCCACACCUAGAAGGAUUACACCUAGCUGAUCCAAGUUAUUGUACUCCAGGCUCCAUAGAUCUUCUUCUUGGUGUCAAAGAAUAUGCUAAAAUAUUACAAUCUGAUUUAAUCAAAGGUCCACCUGGCUCACCAUGUGCAUUAAAAACAGGUCUUGGUUGGAUUUUAUUUGGUGAGGUACAUUCUGGUGAAAAUUGUACUCAAGAAUCAAACUUUAUUUUUACACAUCAUGCAGUAGAUGUAGACGAAAUGCUGAAAGUCAUAUGGGAGGUAGAUAUGGAUACUAAAAGAAAAUUUACUAAAGAAGAGAGGCUGUGUGAAGACAUCUACGAAAAAACAUAUAAAAGAAAUGAUAAAGGACGAUACAUAGUGAAGCUACCAUUUAAGACAGAGAAUCCAGUUUCACCGGACGGAAAUACAAGAGAAAUAGCAUUGAAUAGGUUUUUACAAUUAGAGAAAAGAUUCAACAAAUAACCACAAUUAAAAGAAAAAUACACACAAGUGAUAGAAGAAUACAAAAAUAUGAAACAUAUAGAAGAAGUACCAGAAGAAGAAAUACAUUCGAAAAGAUCAAUUUACAUACCACACCUUGCAGUCAUUCGUGAAGGAAAGGAGACUACUAGCACGCGUGUCGUUUUUGAUGCUUCAUGCAAAGGUUCAAACGGCAUCUCACUGAACGACGAGCUCUUAUUAGGACCAGUACUACAGGGUGAUCUUAGAAGUCUGUUGAUGAGAUGGCGAAUGCAUGCUGUUUGUUUCGUAUCUGAUAUUGAAAAAAUGUACCGAAUGAUUUUGAUAGCAAAAGAAGACAAAGACUUUCAAAGAGUUUUAUGGAGAGAUAAUCCUGAUGAACCUAUAAAAGACUACCGUUUGCUCACAGUAACAUUUGGGACGGCGUCAGCUCCUUAUCUUGCUAUCAAAACUCUCGUACAGCUAUCUAUUGACGAAGGUGAAAACUAUCCAAUUGCUACCAGGAUAAUUCAAGAGGAUUUCUACGUGGAUGAUGUUCUAUCGGGUUGUGAUAAUGUUGAAAAUGCUAUCGCAGCUGCCAAGGAGUUAAAAUAUUUAUUGCAACAAGGUGGUUUUCAACUAAAGAAAUGGUCAUCUAAUAAUGCAGAAUUCAUGAGAUCUAUCAAACCAAGCGAAAGAUCCUCUAAUGUACACUUAGAUCUCAAUAUCGAUGGUACUACAAAGGCAUUAGGAAUCGCAUGGAACUUGAGAACUGAUAAAUUUGAAUACAAUUCGAGUACACAUAGCGAGUCAAUGAAUAUCACCAAACGUAGUAUUCUGUCAGAUAUUCAGAAACUCUAUGAUCCUUUAGGAUGGAUAGCAUCGUUGUUGGUAAUGACAAAGAUAUUUAUACAACGACUUUGGAUGGAAAAGUACAGUUGGGAUGAAGAGAUAAGUCAAUCACUAAUAGACGAAUGGAGGACAAUAAAACGUGAUUUUAAGAACGUAAAUGGCAUACGUAUAGACAGAUAAUAAUAAAUAAA